AUGUUGAAGCUUGUUGUAUCCUGUCUUCUUGUGCAUACGGUGCUCUCUCUGGGAAUUGGUCGUACACAAUCGUCUGGCGUGAAAGGGAGAUUGAUCUGCGACGGAAAACCGGCUGUCGGUGUAACCGUGAAACUCUAUGAUGACGAUAGAGGUCGUGUCGAUGCUGACGACUUGAUGGCAUCCGGCAAGACCAACUCGAAUGGCGAGUUUGAAUUAAGAGGCUACACCGAGGAAUUUACAUCGAUCGAUCCGAAACUCAACAUCUACCACGACUGUGAUGACCUCAAGGUAUAG